AUGGCACCGAAUAAGAGGGGAGGGAAACAGAAAUCGACCCAGUUCGUCGACAAAAAGAAUGAGGCUCCCCCUUCACCAUUCAAGCGGCCCCCUGAGGUCCUUGAGCCCUUCAUCAACGCUCUGGACAAGAAGCACGUCUAUGUCACACACAUUGAUAACAAACCUGCCGAGUUCAAACGAAAGAUCUUCCUCGUGCCUGUUGGCAUGAACAUUGUCGUUGUACUUCUCUUUGUCCUUCGCAUGUGGUGGAUUCUCCCCUGGUACUGGUCGCUCAUCAUGACUGGCUUGGGCCACGACAACGAAACCACAUGGAAUACUGCAGACUCAACGUGGUCCGAGAUUGCCUGGGAGAUCGGCAAACGUUCUUGUACAAUGAUGAUUGAUUUCAUCCUAUUCAUCUUUGUCUGGCCCUGGCCCGUGGAAUUUGUCGCUGGACGAGCUCGUGGUAAUCCCUGUCAAUGGCGAUGGCAAGUCGGCUUCCGCGAGCAGGAGAUUUAUGUCCGUCGAAGCCGAGAAUGGGAUCAAGCUCUGACUGACAUCUUUACGGAUGAAGGCUCCAAGAAGAUUCUGCUCACAUACAUCAAUCAUGCCACGUCUCCUAUUCUUCAAGAGCAAAAGACCGGAUAUCUCCUAAUGAACGGCCACUGGGAUUUGGAUUGGGCACGCAUGAUACUCGCACAUCGCCUGGUGGACAAGAAGGAGAUUGCACUCGAGGCCUUCAAGAGCGUGGUUCUUGUCCACCACGCUGACUAUGGUUGGAUAGUUUAUGAUGUUCGCGGUAGUGGUGCGUCGAGUGAGGAUGAGCGACGUCGACAAGUCUUUGCAUUUCGAGACGUGCUCAUUGCGCUUGGAAAGGAGGACUUGUUCUAUCGCUGGGUUGAGAUUGUUCAAUUCGAGGCGACACAGCCGGGCGGAUUUGGUCCAAAGGAACAAGAGGCAGCGGCCAAGAGAAUCAGGGAGCUAUUUGAGAAUGAGAACAUCGACUUUGAUGAACUUUGGAAGAAGAGCGUUGGAAAAUAA